AUGCUCAUUCUCAUCAGCGCCCAAUUAAUAAAAUACAUGUACCUCCAACCUUUUGGUCAAUAGUCGGCAUUUUUUCUCCAGGUUGACUACAUCAAGAGCCAUUUUCAUAAGAUAUAAUAUAAUAAUAGUCAAAUAUGGCGCGUAACUCGGAGAAAGCCCAGUCGAUGCUCUUUCGCUUCCGCGAAGCGCAAGCUGCGGACCUGGGCAUUAUCGACGCAGGACGAGCACGAAGACCCAAGGUCAUUACCGAAGUAGACUCGAUCCCGGCUUGCGAGAAAUGGAGAGGCCAGACCCUGAAGGAAAUCAGCCGGAAAAUGUCCCGGAUCCAGGAGACAUCUCUUAGCGACUACCAGAUUCGAGAUCUCAACGACGAAAUAAAUAAGCUCAUGCGGGAGAAGCACAUGUGGGAGGUACAAAUUCGGAAUUUAGGAGGCCCUAAUUAUAUGCGUGGCGGCGGCAAGGUCUACGACGAAAUGGGUAGGGAGAUACCGGGGGGAGGUAAGGGGUAUAGGUAUUUCGGGCGAGCAAAGGAAUUACCCGGCGUAAAAGAACUUCUAGAAGCCGCUGCGCAAAAGAAGCUACAGGACUCGGAGAAACCGUUGGAGGCGCGCGAGGACUUGAGGAAAGCAGUCGACGCCAAGUAUUACGGGUACGCACCCGAUGAAGAAGACGAUGCAUUACUUCACUACGAGGCCGAGAAGGAACGAGAGGCGUUUGAGGAGUUAUUGAAGCGAGGGAAGGCAGAACCUCCUCCAGGAUGGGAACCGCUACCUGGCGACACAGGAGAUGGUAAAGCUUGGGAGUUGCCUACGCUAGAGGAGGUACAGCAAGAGCUUAUAGAAAGGAGAAGGCGGAAGCUGCUCGACCAGAUCCAAUAGGUUAGGUACGGUUAGGUACCUCUCCCCAAUUUCUUCUCGCUACCUGGACCAGUUCUCUAUACCCAAGACUGAAGAGGCAUUGGAGGAAGUAUCGUCAACUACAUUUUUGGCAUCUUUCUUGGAGUCUUUCGUU